AUGGCCGGCAGACCAAAAGCGGCACUUUCAAUUGUACCGGCAAAUGAGGUGAUGCCUUUGUGCAACAUUCGCACUGAAGUUUGGCGUCUGCAAACUCUCUGCCAACAUUUGCAAACGCCUGACUCUGCGUUGCAGUGGUGUGCUCGGCGCAGAUUAGUACAGAAUUCUGUUCUGUGCGUACACUGCAAUCAGCCUUGCAGUUUAAAUAGGUACCAACAGGGUAGUGAUGGCAGACGCUGGUCGUGCGAUGGUUGCAACUAUCGCAGGUCUGUAAGAGAGCAUUCAUUUUUUGCGCGCAGCCAUCUGUCCAUCCAGAAAAUUGUCAUAAUUAUUUACUGUUGGGCACAUGACAUGCCGCAAAAGCAAAUACUACAUGAAGCUGAUGUUGCGGAAAAUUCAGUGGUCGACUGGUGCAAGUUCAUGAGAGAGGAGUGCAGCAACUGGAUGCAGCGGAAUGGCACACAAGUCGGCGGCUUGGAUGACCACGGUGAGCCUAUUGUGGUGGAAAUCGACGAGUCGAAAUAUUUCCACCGGAAAUAUCACCGUGGACAGUGGCGAGAGGGUCACUGGGUCUUUGGUGGGAUUGAGAGGGACAGUGGCAGGUGUUUUCUGACUGUGGUGCAGGACAGGUCGGCAGCCACGCUUCAGGCUUGCAUUCUGCAGCACAUCUUGCCUGGCACCCAUAUAAUAUCGGAUGGCUGGGCUGCAUACGCCAACAUUUCCCAGUUAGGACAGGGAAUUUUUGAGCAUUCUGUUGUUGUCCAUGAAGAACAUUUCGUGGACCCAGAGGACUCAGAAAUUCAUACUCAAAACAUUGAGAACAUGUAG